AGCAAGCGUCUAAUUUUAUGCACAGAGGCGCACCGCCCCUGCUGCUCUGCCUUUUGCGCCGCCGUGGAGCUGCUCGGGGCGCGGGGGCUCGGCGGGCGCGCGCGCGCGCAAGGCAGCGGGGCGGGAAGCGCUGCGUUCGAGCCCUUUUGUUGGCGCGCGCCCGGGGCAUUCGCGCGGCUGUAAGCGGCUCCUAGCAGCGCGCGCGGGGAUUGGCCGCCGCGCGAGGUCUCGUUGCGCCGCCACGACCAAUCAAGGAGCGCCGCGGGCGGGGCGGGAGGAGCGCCGGACCGGGCCGCGGGGAGCGGAGGCGAGGCGGCUGGGGGUGGCGGCGGCGGGAUGAGGCUGAGCAGGGUCUGGCUGCUGGUGCUGCUGCUGGGGCUGGCCCAGCUGGCCAUCCUGGCGCGCUGCGAGACGGCAGCCGAGGAGGACGGCGGAGAAUCUGUUACAAAUGAAGAUGAUGACGACGAUGAAGAUGAUGACGACGAUGAAGAUGAUGAUGGUGAUUCUGAAGUUAAAGAAGAAAAUGGUGUAUUAGUCUUAAAUGAUGCAAACUUUGACACCUUCACUGCAGACAAGGAGACUGUGCUGCUGGAGUUCUAUGCACCAUGGUGCGGACAUUGCAAGCAGUUUGCUCCCGAAUAUGAAAAGAUAGCCAAAACUCUGAAGGAAAAUGACCCUCCUAUUCCAGUUGCCAAAAUUGAUGCUACUGCAGCCACUUCACUAGCAAGUCGUUUUGAUGUUAGUGGCUACCCAACCAUCAAAAUUCUGAAGAAAGGCCAACCAGUUGACUACGAUGGCUCUCGGACGGAAGAUGCUAUUGUGGCUAAAGUCAAGGAAGUUUCUGACCCCGACUGGACUCCUCCACCAGAAGCUACCCUAGUAUUGACCCAGGAUAAUUUUGAUGAAGUGGUGAAUAGUGCUGACAUAAUUCUGGUGGAGUUCUAUGCCCCAUGGUGUGGACACUGCAAAAGGCUUGCUCCAGAAUAUGAGAAGGCUGCCCAGGAGCUCAGCAAACGCACACCUCCUAUUCCCCUGGCUAAAGUUGAUGCCACUGCUGAAACCGAGGUUGCUAAGAAAUAUGAUGUUACUGGCUAUCCAACUCUGAAAAUCUUCCGCAAGGGCAAACCUUAUGACUACAAUGGUCCACGAGAAAAAUAUGGUAUUGUUGAUUACAUGAUUGAACAGGCUGGUCCUCCAUCCAAACAGAUUCAGGCUACCAAACAGGUACAGGAAUUUCUGAAAGAUGGGGAUGAUGUCAUCAUCAUUGGUGUUUUUAGUGGAGAGACGGACAAAAAGUAUCAGCUGUAUCAGGAAGCAGCUAACGGUUUAAGAGAAGAUUACAAGUUCCAUCACACCUUCAGCAAUGAGAUUGCAAAAUUAUUGCAAGCAUCUCCUGGAAAACUGGUUGUCAUGCAGCCGGAAAAGUUUCAGUCAAAGCAUGAGCCGAAGAUGCAUGUUUUGGAUCUUGAAGACUCUACAGAUGGAUCAGAGAUUAAAGAGCAUGUGCUAAAACAUGCCUUGCCUCUAGUUGGUCAUCGCAAGCCUUCCAAUGAGGCUAAGAGAUACACUAAGCGUCCUCUAGUGGUUGUCUAUUAUACUGUAGACUUUGGUUUUGAUUAUCGUGUUGCUACCCAGUACUGGAGAGGCAAAGUUCUGGAAGUGGCCAAAGACUUCCCUGAAUAUGUUUUUGCUAUUUCUGAUGAGGAAGAUUAUUCUUCUGAAAUAAAAGACUUGGGCCUGAUUGAGAGUGGAGAGGAUGUCAAUGUGGCAAUCCUGGACGAAGGUGGCAAGAAGUAUGCUAUGGAGCCAGAAGAGUUUGACUCUGAUGUACUCAGGCAGUUUGUGCUGGCAUUCAAAAAAGGAAAACUGAAGCCUAUUGUGAAGUCCCAGCCAGUGCCAAAAAAUAACAAAGGGCCUGUAAAAGUGGUAGUGGGUAAAACGUUUGAUACCAUAGUAAUGGAUCCAAAUAAUGAUGUUCUCAUAGAGUUCUAUGCCCCGUGGUGUGGACACUGCAAGAAACUAGAACCUGUGUAUAUUGAGCUAGGCAAAAAAUACAGAAAUGAGAAAAAUCUAGUCAUAGCCAAGAUGGAUGCUACUGCCAAUGAUGUGACAAGUGACCGCUACAAAGUGGAGGGAUUCCCCACUAUCUACUUUGCUCCGAGGGACAAGAAGAACAACCCUGUUAAAUUUGAAGGGGACAGAGAUUUAGAGCAUUUGAGCAAAUUUAUAGAGGAGCAUGUGACAAAACUCUCCAGAACAAAAGAAGAGCUCUAGAUAAGUUGAGGGUGGUGAAGAAAGAAUUGUUUGUAUGUUGUAGUUAAAGCAAGUUACUGACAAAACUUGUUGAGAGAAGAAUUCGGCAGUUUGAGCAAGGAGAUUAUUGAGCAGUAAAGCAAUUACAGUAUCUUUUUUUUGUAUUGCAGAAAAGUUUAUUCUGGACACUGAACUUCUCUCUGACAUCAAUGUCUUACAUUAGUUAUGAUUUCAAUCUUUGGAGAAAAAUACAUCCUUUAUUUUUUGUGACUAUCUUGAGCUUGAUUCUUUGAUUCCAAUGCAGCUCUUUUUCAACUUAAGUUUUAUCAAAAAGAGAAGGGGAGGGGGAAAUCCCUCUGCCAAACAAGUUUCUUUUUGUCUUA